CAACCCCCUUCCCCAUACACAGCACAAGGCUUUGUGAAAAGAUCCAUUUUCAAUUCUUCAUCCACACACACCACCUCUCACCACCAUGGACCAAGCCACCACCACCACCACACCUCUCCUCUCAACCCCAUGGCGCCACCGUCUCCCUCUCAAAACCUCCCUCUCCUCCGAGCUCUCAGGCGCCGUGGGUGACCUCGGCACCUACAUCCCCAUCGUCCUAACCCUCACCCUCGUCUCCCACCUCGACCUCGGCACAACUCUCAUCUUCACCUCCCUCUACAACAUCGCCACCGGUCUCCUCUUCGACAUCCCUAUGCCAGUCCAGCCCAUGAAAUCCAUCGCCGCCGUCGCCGUCGCAGAAUCCUCCUCCGGCCACCUCACUGUCCCCCAGAUCGCCGCCGCUGGUCUUUCCACUUCCAUCGUUCUCCUCUUCCUUGGCUCCACUGGCCUCAUGUCUUUCCUCUACCGUUUCCUUCCUCUCCCAGUUGUUCGUGGCGUUCAGCUCUCUCAAGGCCUCUCCUUCGCUUUCACUGCCAUCAAAUACAUUCGCUAUAACCAAGACCUAGUCACUUCCAAGUCUGGUACUCCUCGUUCUUUGCUUGGCUUCGAUGGCCUUGUUGUUGCUCUUGUUUCUCUCUUAUUUCUGAUCUUAACAACUGGGGCUGGUGACCAUCACGAUGAUAAUCAAGGUGAUCACGAAAAUCAGACACUGCGUGCACGUGAUGAUGAUGAUGAUUGCAGACAACCUCGGAGUCGUCGAGAGUAUACGAGGUUAAAGUUUCUGUCUUCGAUUCCUUCGGCUCUUAUUGUGUUCUUGGUGGGGUUGUUUCUGUGUUUUCUUCGUGACCCUUCGGUUUUUAAAGAUCUAAAGUUUGGUCCUUCGAAGAUAAGUGUGUUGAAAAUCACGUGGGAGGAUUGGAAGAUUGGUUUUGUUAGAGCUGCAAUACCACAAAUUCCCCUAUCUAUAUUGAAUUCAGUGAUUGCGGUUUGUAAGUUAUCUGGGGAUCUGUUUCCAGACCGUGAGGCUUCGGCUAUGAAAGUUUCUGUGAGUGUUGCGGUUAUGAACUUUGUUGGGUGUUGGUUUGGGGCAAUGCCGGUUUGCCAUGGUGCAGGGGGGCUUGCAGGGCAGUAUAGAUUUGGGGGUAGGAGUGGUUUGUCUGUGGUGUUUUUGGGGAUAGGGAAAUUGGUUCUUGGAUUGGUGUUUGGGAAUUCUUUUGGGAUGAUUUUGGGUCAGUUUCCGAUUGGGAUUCUUGGGGUUCUUUUGCUUUUUGCUGGGAUUGAAUUGGCUAUGGCUUGUAGGGACAUGAACACAAAGGAAGAGUCUUUUGUCAUGUUGGUUUGUGCUGCUGUUUCUUUGACUGGAUCCAGUGCUGCUCUGGGGUUUGGGUGUGGGAUUUUGCUCUUUUUGCUUCUGAAAUUAAGGCAAAAAGUGGACUGUUGUGGUAAUGGGUUUCUCAGAUCCAACAAGCCUAAAUCUUCCGUUGAUGGUGAAACUAAUAGCAUCAUUCCUUAGAAAUUUGUGUUGGGUUACACACGAAAAUAGCAGCCUUGUUGCAAUUUUUGGUUGCAGGGCAAUAUUAGUAAUGUAAUUUAUGUGAAGUGGGAACUUUCUCUCUUUUUGGAUUUUAUUUUUUCUUUUUGCUAGAAGUUCUAUAAAUUAGUCAUGUUGUAUGUAGAAGUGAUAAUUAGUCUGAUUUUUGGUUCAUUCUUUGGGGAAAUUUCCUUGAACCGUGGUUUAGUGCAAGCCAUUGGGAUGGAACCAAUUUGGGCAGUAGCCACUGGUGGCGUUUCUUGCGAUUAGAAAUUUCAUUCUUGGUUUGGUAUUGUAAAAAUCUUGUGAAAAUAUUUAAUCAGUUCCCAAUUGGAAUUCA